AUGGAGCCCACUCUGGCGGAGAGGGAGGUGGCCAACGUCUUCGGUUCCUCGAUGCCGGCCAUUGCAGCAGCCAAAUCGCAGCGCAGGGAUCCGGACUCAAGCCCGGAGAAGUCGAAGUUCCUCAAGACCGAUCGAGCCAAGGGAGUUCGAGGCAAGGGAUUGGGAGGUCGCAAGCCGGCCCAGACCAGGGCCACGGGAUCCCAACAGCAGCAACAGCAGGAGACACUGAGCGAGGAAACCAUAGCGGAGCUCCUUGCCAUCCUGACCCGACUGGCCCUCAAACACGAGGACAUCUUGGCAGCAGUGCAGGCGGACAGCUGCUUCAUGAUGUAUCUGGACACAUCCGGAGACCUCUCCAUCACGACCAACCUGUACCAGAUCACACAAGCUUGGCAGACCAAAAAGCGGGACACCCCGGAGCUGCUCACGCAAAGUCUUCGGGUCACUCUUCUGACGGCACUGUUCAUGGAGCUUCGGGAGCGCAUGAACAUGGCCCUGCUGGCAGAAAAACGCGAAGUGCUCGCCAAGCAUCAGUGGAUCAGCACCUCCGACCCGGCGACCUGGAAUUACCAAAAGUGGGAUCCGACGACCGAAGCCGCGGUCGUGGACGCGGCAAAGGUCGGCGUGCCGCAUCAGGAGGCCAUAGAAGUCAUCCAGAAGAUCAUCCAGCUAGUUCCGUCCCUCCUUGUUCAAAAGUUUCACAGCACGCGACCCCAGGCUGCCGAAUAUCAAUCCAAUGUCCUCCCGUUUAUGCUCAUGAUCAGCAAUCGAGGCGAGAAGGCGCAAGACCUCUACAACCUCUUUCAAAAGAUCUCCGACCUGAGUGCUCUGCGGCUCAUCGGGGCGCGACUCCGUCCUCAUCGCCAACGCCGUCAGCCAUUGGCGCUGACGCUGGAGGACGUUGCAGCCGAGCUCCUGAAAUCAUCCAACCGAGACCGCCAGCCGGAGGGCGAGCUUUGA